AUGAUCAGAAAUUAUAAACUUUAUAGCCGGUUUUUCAGGUCUAAAUACGGGUCUACUACUUCUAUCUGUGCUUCAAGAUGUAUAUCGAUUAAACCAAAGUAUGACGUUAUAAUAGUAGGGGCAGGACACAAUGGAUUAGUUGCGGCAGCAUAUCUCCAGAAAGCCGGCGUAGAUGUUUGUGUUUUAGAGAAACGACAUGUUAUUGGCGGAGCUGCGGUUACAGAAGAAAUUAUUCCAGAAUUUAAGUUUUCCAGAGCAUCUUAUCUUCUCAGUUUAUUUCGACCGCAGAUCAUCAACGAUUUAGAUUUAAAGAAGUAUGGGCUGAAAGUGUAUCUUAGGAAUCCUAGUUCCUAUACACCACUACGUGAACCAGGUGGUUUAAAUGGUAAAACAACUUCUCUUACUCUUGGCAUGGAUUCAACCUUUAAUAAGCAACAAAUCGCUCAAUUUUCUAUAAAGGACUCACAUAAUUUUGAAUUAUAUGAAGAGGUUUUGAGUAAAGUUGUGAACUGUAUUGAACCAUUAUUAGAUCGAGUUCCAAUUCAAGUCACACGAGAUAUAAAACAGUCGUUAUCAGCUAAAAAAUAUGACUUACAGACUGUCCUGGCAUUUUUAUCAUCGUAUAAGAAAACGGAACAAGAUUUGUCUACAUUCUAUGAGCUUAUGACAGCUCCAGCAAUAAAGAUUUUAGAUCGAUGGUUUGAGUCGGAACCUUUAAAAGCAACAUUAGCAACUGAUUCUGUUAUAGGAGCAAUGUUAAGUCCUCAUAGUCCCGGUAGCGGUUAUGUUUUGUUACAUCAUGUUAUGGGUGAAUUGGAAGGUGUAAAAGGAGCCUGGGGAUAUGUUGAAGGUGGUAUGGGGUCAGUAUCAACUGCCAUUUCAAACUGUGCCGUAGAUCAUGGUGCUAGAGUUCUGGUUAAUAAGUGUGUUGAGAAGAUUAAUAUUGAAAAUGGUAGAACGAAAGGAGUUGUGCUAACUACUGGAACAGAGAUCGAAUCAAAUAUAGUUCUCUCUAACGCAACCCCGAAGGUCACCUUUUUAGAUCUGGUCUCAGACAAUUGUUUAAGUGAAGACCUGGUUUCUGAAUUAAAACAGAUUGAUUAUAAAUCUCCUGUGACUAAGAUAAAUGUCGCUGUUAAUAAGGUUCCUAAUUUCCUGGCUGAUCCAAAUACAACAAGUGAUUGUAUAAUGCCCCAUCACCAAACAACUAUACAUAUUAACUGUGAACAUAGUGAUUUGAUUCAUCGAGCUUAUUUAGAUUCUCAACAUGAUCACUAUUCCAAAGAGCCGGUAAUUGAAAUGGUAAUACCAUCCAGUUUAGAUAAAACAAUUUCGCCACCAGGUUCUCACGUUGUCCUUCUGUUUACUCAGUAUACACCUUAUACUCUAGCCAAUGGUCAAAAAUGGGAUGAAAAAACUAAACAAGAUUAUGCCAAUAUAGUAUUUGAUAGUAUUGAGAGAUAUGCGCCUGGUUUUAAAGAUAGUAUAAUUGGAUCUGAUAUACUAACACCGCCUGAUUUAGAAAAUAUAAUCGGCUUGACUGGAGGGAAUAUAUUUCAUGGUUCUAUGUCACUUGACCAGCUAUAUUUCUCUCGACCACUGUCCAGUUUAUCCAAUUAUAAAUCACCUAUAAAAGGUUUAUAUUUAUGUGGUAGUGGUGCUCAUCCGGGUGGCGGUGUGAUGGGAUCACCAGGGAAACUUGCAGCAUUCAAAGUUUUGGAUGAUCUGAAAGCUAAACGAAUAAAGAAAUAG